CCAUUUUAAGGCGCCGCUUAGCAUCGCACAGCUCAACUCUUCUGAGAAUGCCGAGGCAAUCGUUGGGAUCUCCGAGCUCUAAGCUCCAAAUCCAUGGCGGUAGCGGAAACCUAAAUCAGGAGGAGAAGCAGGUGAAUCCAUCCUCUCCGGAGUCUGAAUAUGUGGCAGCGGCCGAAUCAUCAUCGGAGUACAAGUUGAAGACGGAGAAGAUGAUCCGAUCGACUUUGAAAACCAGUAGAUCUAUCCACCUCAUCCCUUUCCUCACCCUCCUAUGCCUCCUCAUCCUAUAUCUCUGCUCCCACGAUCCCAACCCUACAGGGAUCGAUGGAAUAGAUAUGGGAGGUUUGCUGGGUCCGGAAAAGAUCGGGACGGCGAUUGGGAGUCGUCGAGCGCUGAAGAAGGCUGGUCGCUGGAAAAUUGGAAAUGCUUAGAAUGUUCGCCGUAGACUAAGCCCGGCGACACCGGCGACGGCGGUGGCGGAGGUUGCGGUAGAAGGGUGGGUGUGUGAUAUUUCGUGUUUUAGGGCAUUUCGGCUCUGCUGUAUUUUCGGGUUGUAUUGGAUUUGUGCCUAUAUUUUUAUUUUUUGAUAUUUUUCGUUUUUUAUUUCAUAAAUAAAUGAAUUAUAUGUUAUAUA